AUGGCGGAAGAGGGGGUCGCGGACGAGGCGGCGAAAGGGCGGCAGCGGCAGCAGUCGUGGUUGUCGAGUGUGGAGUGGUUCGUGUCGUGGCCGCUCAGACGACUCAGCCACCCGUGGCGGAAGCGUGUGCUGUGGGUGUGGGUGCUGGUGGCCGCGGCCAUCCUGUCGCUGGUGUUCCUAACGGCGUGGCAGCAUGCCAAGACGAACGAGAGGCACGACCUGGAGGAGCACUGUAACGAGUGGGCGGCGUUCAUCGGCGCCAAUUUCAACACCACAGUCGCCAACACUCGCUCCAUUUCUGAUUUUGUCCGUGCUUAUUACCUUGACAA